AUGGAGGACGGCCCCACGGAAAUUGAUGGAGAGGUUUUGCCUGGUGCAAAGAGUCAACGGCGGCUGAGUAGCAGUUCGGCUGCCACCUUCGUCCUCACCCCCGGCACCCGCUCCCCCGUGCCUCCGGAGCCCGAGGCCGAACUCUCGAUGGAAGAGGAGCUGUCUAGUCUGCGUGCUGAAAAGGAGAGGCUACUCAAUCUCGUCUCAGACAUGCAGCGCUGCAUUUCCGAGUACGAGCGCAGUCUGCAGGAGUUAGCUAAAGAAAAGACGCGAGCUGAAGAGGAAGCCAAAGAGUCGGUAAUCAAUGUCAUCUCCGAACGCGAUCAAGCGAUUGAAGAGAUCUCCACCAUAGAAAAGGCCUUUGGUGACCUCCACCGGCGCUUCGAGAAAUCCAAACAAAUCAUCGAGGGUUUUAAAAAGAAUGAAGAAGUCUUGAAAAAGAGCGCCGAGGACUAUCAGGCCCAACUUCGGAGGCAAGAACAGAAGUAUCAAGCACUGAAGGCUCACGCAGAACAAAAGCUAAUGAAAGUGGCUGAAGAAACAGAGCAAGUCAAACGGAACACCGAGGGCGAGGUCACUCUUCUCCGGGCAGCCAUCAAGCGUUCAGAGUUGCAAAUAAAGAGCCUAGAAUCAGCCCUAGAGCAGAAGACUCGUGAGAACAUGGAGUUGACCAAGAUCUGCGACGAACUCAUCAGCAAAUACAGCGACAAGUCCUGA